AUGAUCGAAAAAGUGAGCGAUGGUCUGCUGGUCGGUGAUGCAUCGAGCGUUCUGGAUGAAACACGGCUACAGCGAUUCACCGAUUUACAGAUCACCCAUGUGCUUACCGUAGCGGCAGCAGGCAUUCCGGAAGAAAAACGCGUACCCGGAGUGCGGUACAUGUUCAUUUUCGCUUUGGAUUUACCCACCCAGGACAUGUUCGCCGACAAUGCACUGGGUAUGCGUACAACUGAAGCCGGUAUGUCACGUUCGAUUUUUGUAAUUGCGGCUUAUCUGAUGAAACGAUUUCGAUGGACAGCAAAAAAAGCCCUUCAGCAUAUACAGCAAAUACGACCAGUGGCACAACCGAAUGAUGGCUUCCUGCAACAGCUACAUAUAUUUGAAAACGCAAAUUAUGAAGCAAAUAUAGAAUGCAUUAUGAGGCACCCUUUAUACAAAAGGUGGCUUCUCUCAUCUUCUUCGGCUGAUACAGGUUGA